AUGGCUACGGCCCACGGACUUGAAAUCCUUAUCUAUCAUCUACGCUUAUCAGCUCGAAUAACUCACCUUGUUCUAAUAUCUGCUUACCCCGCUGCUCUGGUUCUAGUGGAGCUCACACUGACUAUGGGGAACUCUUGCUCUGCAGGCUUGUUAACUCUUGUGAAUCAAGAUGAUGACAAAACUGCUCUUCAGGUGAGAAACUUGAGCGGCCAUCGGAUAUCAGCCAUUCCGAUCUCUGGAUCAUUUGUCUACAACACGAUACUUUCAAACGGAGUAUACGAAUCCACACUUCAUAGAGUGAUCAAUAACUCUCUGCAAUACCGAGUACAAAAAGCGGCUGGAAGCAAUGACUGGAACUUGCAAUCGGAAUUGCUAGAAAGGAAUGAAGUUGGACCCUUUUUGGACAUUCUGGAGAAAGGGACCACCUAG